UCCCGAGCGGGGGCAGCGGACGCCCGCGCGGAGAGGGCGUGGUCGUCCUCCUGCCGCGCCCGCGCAGUGGAGACAGAGCGAGCAGAGGCAGCGCCUGCGCGGUCGUGGCCGAGGAGGCUGUGGCGGUAGCGGCGAUGGAACAAGCGGAGCCGCUGAGCGAGUUAGUAUCAGCCGAGGGCCGGAACCGGAAGGCGGUGCUGUGCCAACGUUGCGGCUCCCGGGUGCUGCAGCCAGGGACUGCUCUCUUCUCCCGCCGACAGCUCUUCCUUCCCUCCAUGAGAAAGAAGCCAGCACUGGCUGAUGGCAGCAAUCCUGAUGGCGAUCUCCUCCAGGAACACUGGCUGGUUAAUGACAUGUUCAUCUUUGAGAAUGUGGGCUUCACCAAGGACGUGGGCAACAUCAAGUUUCUGGUCUGUGCGGACUGUGAAAUUGGACCGAUUGGCUGGCAUUGCCUAGAUGACAAGAACAGUUUCUAUGUGGCCUUGGAACGGGUUUCCCAUGAGUAACUGAGGGGAAGGGGAUUCAGCUCCACCCCCAAAUAUAAAGCUACCCCCCACAAGGACUGGCAUUUAACCUGGUAUAACUGUUCUGCUGCCUUCGUCUCUGUGCUAAUACAAAUGAUGAAUACCGACAUGUCCACUUUUCAUGCAGAGGGUUAUCCUGCUUCCCUAAAGCUUCAAGUCCAUGCCUCGUGUUUGGUUCAUUUUGCAUCCCAUUUCCUAAUCUCCUUUUCCCCCUGGUUUUGGGCCACUAUAGUGCCUCCACAAGCCUAGUCUCAGCCUUAGCCUUGUGCCUAGGCUCUAUUUUACCCAGGGCCUCCCUUUUUCCUUGCUCUAGAAGAACAGUAUUCAGCCUUUUAGCCAUGACAAAGGAUGUUCAUAUGCUGAUAGUUAAGACUCUACCUUUUUUUCUCUCAUUCAAGAAAGCAUACAGAUGUGUGAGAGUGACUUUGUUGUAUAACCUUGUUAUCUACAGUCAUCUUUUUUCUAAAAGGAAAGCGCUUACAAACUUGGAUAUUUAAACCACUAAUCAGAAACACAUUACUUUGGACACAUCUCUAACACCAUGUUUGAGAGCCUCUGCUGUAGGUUGAUGAUGACAUUCUAUUGUGAAGAUGAAUGUGGUCCCUCUUCCCUUCAAAUCUUGAUGUGCUUUCUUUUUGUGUUAGCUUCUCAUUGCUACAGCCUAUAAGUUGAGAACCAGAUUUUCAAUCCCAUCUGGCAGCCACUCAAGGAAAACUGAGCCCUAGCUGUUUACCCAGGCUCUUUUGGAAUCAGAGUGGAGGGUGAAGGAUAUAUGUCGGAUCAAAGCCUUUGCCAGAUUAUAUGGGAGUUUACAGGCUUAUCUCAUCUGGACAGAUAACAUUCUUCCUUUGUUCUUAGGAAGACUUCUUUGAUAGGUACUGUCUUCAUUUACUGAACCUACUAGGCAUGGUCCUCAUGGAGUUUUGGUUUAGUUGGAACCUAUAGCAACUGUCGAUCCAAAUGCCUCUAUUUCUGUAGCUGUGGGGUUGCUCUAACAGUUUGAUAUGACUAAACUUAUCUAAGCCUUCAACAUGAUUUCCAAUUAUCCUGUCGUUUCUAUCUGAAAUGACUCGCUGUCUUAGAAGGAAUCUGUUUAACCAGAUUUCAAGUAUCUUCCCGUUAGCCCUGCCGCUAAGAUUCAGGAGGCCUAAAAUCGAAAUAAGGACUAAAUAGAGCCCUUACCAUAUGAAGUCCUUUUCCUUGCAUCUAUUUUCCUUUACCCAAAAACUUUCUGAGGGCUCCCCAGUGAAGUGCAGGCCUUGGGCAUAGUCUUCAGUCAACCUAUUUCCGUAGAAAGGUGACUUUCUUCCCCAGUCAACGUGAGCAAGCUCCCAUAGAAAAGGAGGGAACUGUGUUUUCCAGACAAACGGUCAGUUGUAUGUGAUUAUGGUAUUUGCAGAAAAAAACAACUGAGAAUUAUCCACUCAGGUUAGAAGGAACAAAACCAAGUAGAUGCCUCUAGGGGCACAUGGCCCCUCACAUCACAAGCCAAAACCUAAGCAAAGCAUUUUUUAAAAUUAGGCUUUAACUUUUCUUUCUUUUUUUAAUCACAGAAAUAGUACAUGUUCAGAUUCAAAAAUGGGUAUAAAUUUUUUUUCAUCACUCAUACUUUCACCAUCCAGAGAUUUCCAAUGGUAAUGUGGUAUAUAUCCUUCUCGGUGUUUUUCUAUGUGUAUAUAUAAACAUGUAUGGUUUUUUAAAACAAAUGUGAGAUCCUACUGUACUCUUAUACAACUUGCUUUUUUAUUUAACAAAAUAGGGUGAAAUCUUAUGUCAGUAGAUAACCAUCUAUGUACACCACUGUCAUUAGUAUUCCAUUGUAUCACUGUACUAUAAUUUAUUUAAACAAUGCACUAUUAGGUUGUCUCUGGUUUCUUAUGAACAGUGAUAUACCGUGCAACCUUAUAGUUAAAUCUGUAUCCGCGUUUUUAAUUACUUCCUUGGCAUACAUCAUUAGACGUGGAAUUACAGGGUAUGCACGUUUUCAGAGCUUUGCUGCACUGACACAUAUUCCUCAAAAAGCUGUGCUAAUUUACCCUCCUCCAGCAGUGCAAAAGAGCAUUUGUUUCUCUGAACCCUUACUAACACUGGGUAUUUAUUAAAAAAUUUUUUUGCUGUUACUAUGAAUGAAUACCUGAAAAACCAGAACAAAAAAAAAUUUGCCACUUUAAUAGAAAAUACAGUAUCUCAUUGUUUUAAUUUGCAUUUUUUUUAUUUCUAAUGAAAUUUUUAUAUACUUAUUGGUCAUUUUUUGUAUUUUUUUUUUUGAGAAUUGCCAAACAUUGUUGCCCAAGUAGCCAAAAAAUAUCAAGUUGCUAUUCUGCCUUUCCAGUUUGAUGUGAAAAAAAUAAAGACAUUUAAACAGUGGAAA